AUGAUAUGGCAACAUCAUAGCCGAUUACUAUUCUUGCCUGAUUCUCUGCCACCAAGAACAAGAUCAACCAAAAAUAGUUGGGAAAGGUUCUAUAGGUUACAAAUUAAUUGGUUGAAAGGAUCUGCCACAAAAGUAAUGAGUUUUAGAGCUCACAACAACAGUAUAACAACUUUGAAAUUAAGAGGAGAUAUUUUAAUCACGGGAUCAAAUAAUCAUAUAUGUGUUUGGGAUAUGAGAACUGGUAAACGUAAAAGAACCAUUGAUGUUGGAGUGGCCAUCAAUUGUGUUGAUUUUUCUGAACAAAAAGAUAUAAUUGUUUGUGGUCCAUGUUUUGGUGAAUUUGGAUACAAAAUAUUUUCACUUUCUAAUGGAGAGCUUCUUGGUAAAUUCACUGAUAAUCAUAAUCAAGUUGGAACUCAAUGUAUUUCAAUGAAUGAAGAACUUAUUGCAUUGGGUACACAUAAAGGAAUCAUUCAUGUGCUUUCAUUGGCAGAUGAAAGAAAAAUUGCACAAUUUGAAGUAUUUAAUGAUCGGCAGAUUGCAGGGAUUCAACUUGUUGGUAAUAACAUGGUAAUUUCAGUUUCAUCAGUAAAUGGAAUUAUUGAAGUUUUUAAUGUGAAAACUCAUGAAUGUAUUCACAAAUCCACCAUCCUAAAAACAUCGAUUAGUUCAUGUACAAUUGAUUAUUACAGUGGUGCUAAAUGUGAUAUAUUAUGCAUUGCACCACAAGGAUCAGUUUUUCAUUUGAGAUGGGAUUUUAAUAUGACAUCAUCAACGACAAAUUUGAUGGAAAAUGAAGAUGGUGACGAGGAAGAAAAAUUAAGAGAAAUAUUUUCAAAGGAACCAAAGAUACUUUAUAAAAAUGAAGAUUUUCUACACAAAAUAUUAUGUGUUGGAAUCGAUUCUAAAUACAAUCAUGGAAUAAUUGGAUCUUUACUUUCUUAUCCUGCAAAAAGUAAAUUAUUGAUUUAUAAUCCAAAUAAAGGACCUUAUGACAUGGAUAAUAAUACUUCACCAUCUGUCGUUACUAGUACAUCUUUGGAAAAUAUAAUAAAUACAGUAUUUGUUGCGUUAAGCAUUGACGAGGAAAGAAUCCGUUGGUUGUAG